AUGGUCCUCGACAGAUUCUUUGGCAACAGCCGGAACGGCCCUCCCUCCAGUUUUGAAAAGCUGGACAAGGAAUACGUCAAUAAAAGCCGACCAGAUGAAGAUGAGUUCUUUCGAGGCUUCUUUGGUGGAAGUGGAGUUCCUCCACUGUUUUCGGAUUUGGCACGACAACAACAGCAAGGCAUGAUCAUGAAGCGAGGAUUCAAGGUCGACGAGACGGAGGACCUCUUUACGGUCUCUAUGGAUGUUCCCGGUGUCAACCCGUCGGAAAUAAAAGUCAAGCUGGAACAUGCCAUGGUAUGCAUCAAUGGUCAACGAACGUUCAAGGAAGGCAAUCACACGAGCUCCAGUCAAUUCCAUCAGUGUGUGCGAGCGUCCAGCCAUCUCGACGCGACCAAUGCCACGGCGGAUCUAUCCAAUGGAGUUCUCGUAGUGUCGGCUCCCAAGUUGCCCAAGCAAGCAGUGGUCGAAAUUCCCAUUACGCAAGGUAGAUCUUGA